UAGGUUUGAAUCUUUAAUGUUUAUAUGCUUUUGAUAAAGCAAUAAACAGGUUACAUUUAACACUUUUAAUCUGACAAUUUUUGACAAAAGGAUGCGGUCCGCCUAGGGAAAAGAAGUUUGCAACUAUACACGGAAACAUGUUCUUUAUCGGGGACAAGGCUGAAUACAAAUGUCAAGAAGGCUGCAAAAACAUGUUUAACAACACUGGUAUAGUGACAUGUCAAAGCUCAGGAACAUGGAGUAUCACCGAUUUCAAGUGUGUUAAAGAUGAAUGGAUUUGCCAUGGCAACUCGUGUUAUUUCGUGGACCAAACACAGCGGAGCUGGGAUGGUGGAAAGAGAUAUUGUGUUGAAAAUGGUGGGUUUCUCACAGAUAUUAAAACUCAACAAGAAAAUUUGUUCAUUACACAGACUGUUCUUAAUAUCUACCCGCCAAGGAUGUGGAUAGGAGGGAAUUUAGAUGAUAAACGAGAUUGGCGUUGGCAGGAUGGUACACAAGUUGGUCCCUUGUAUAACAAUUGGGGACCGAACCAACCAAAUGGAAAUGCAGAUUGUUUGGCAAUUUGGACUGAUAAUAUGUGGCAUGAUGCAAGAUGUUAUGAUUAUCAAUUAAAAAGUCUUUGUAAAUUCAACAUAUGAUUGCAUUAUGCAAUAAUAGAAAAUUUCUAUUCAGCCAUUGUUUAAUUAUGUGAAUAUAAUAUAUAAAACUGAGAGAAAAAAAUCUAUCAUAUUAUUGGCGAUCACGAUUAUCCAAAUGAAAAAUGACGUUACAAACGUGCAGUAUUAUAAAUUGCACAUAAUGAUUGUUUUACAAAGUGUACCAGUAUCCGGAUGUGGAAAGCUAUCCGAUUUUCUGCAUUUACUGCUGUCACAUGGCCAUCUAAUUUUUUAUGAAUACUUUACCAUUACGUUGCAUGGCUUAAUAAAACUUAGCCAGCAACAUUUCAUAAUUUUGCUGUUGAGGUGUUCUUUUGCGUGUCAGGUUUUCUCUAUUUUAAGGGGAAGUAACUCAUGUUUACUAAAUUAUUUGUUCUAUUUUAGGUAUUACUUACUAUUUUUGUUGUAUAAAAUUUACCGGUUGUAAGGUCAUCAAAAGCAUAGAGGCCCUGAGAAGUGAAUAUUGAUAGAUUUUUUUAACUGGCUUUAUAUACACCUUAGACUGGAUUUUUCUAGUUUGUUCAGUUAGUACAUACCUACAGGUAUUCUGAUACAGGAUCUUCUAAUCACUAUGUGAAAUAAUUAUUAUUUUCUACGUGUUUAUAUAUAAAUUGUUAAUAAAAUAAACUUUAGUAAAAAUGAAAGGUAGAAAAUUUAAGCCGAUAUGUUAAUAGGAUGUACGUAAUACCGUAUUUAUUUAUCUCUGAUAGAAUCUCUGAUAGACAGUAGCUGUUGGAUGUGGCUGGUUCUCAUUUUACUUAUACUGCUCAGAGUACCUAUGGUAUCCCCCCUGAGAUUAAUUUAGGUCCUCUUUUAUGUCUAAUAUAUAACAAUGACAUGACAACAAGCUUUUAAUUAUAUGCUGAUGACUCAGGUUUCAUUGUAUCUUGUCAAAUAAAACUGAAAAAAUCUCUCUUAUGGCAUGAGUCUUAUUAGUGAUUGGUUAACUAACUAUAAAUUGUCUUUGCAUCUUGGCAAGACAGAGUCUAUUCUUUAAACUUGGCCUCCAUGUCAUAUGUUAUGGUACUGAUAUAAAGAUAAAGUAUACAUCUAUUGUUAAGUAUUUAGGUGCAAAUCUUGAUCAAUGUUUUGGUGUCGCCUUGUCGCCUUUGAUGCUUUGCAUCAAUGCUUUUCUUGUUGUUGUUUGUAAGUAUUGUAGAGUUUUGUUACGGCAUGAACUUAGUCGGGGGUUCACACGUUUGUUCAAUUAUGCCAAUCAAAGUGUAAAUGGUCAGUGAAUAGUUAAAACUAACAUUAAUUUGAUAUUUUGUCAUAAUAAUGUCCAAUUUUAUAUAUUGUGCAAGGGGGUAAACUAUAAUCCACGUGAUCAAAGGUAAAUAAUAAAAUUAAUCAAUCGGUAAAGCUCAAUUCUUUAAAAGAGUCUUUGUUUAAUUAAGACAGUAAAUAUAUUGUAUUAUCAACAAUUUUCUUUAUCAAUUAUGCAUCAAUCACAAUCUUUUGAAAUAUAUAACUAUUCAACUCAAUUUGGCAUCGAAAAAUAAACUAAAGUAACAUUUAUUAAACCACAAAUUUUGUUAGCUAAUGCGAAUUCAUUCAAAAAUACAUAUUAAAAGAUUGAAAUGUAAAACUUAUAAUUUUAACAUUAAGAGUUUUAUAAUUAUUACAGAUAUGUAUAAAAAGGUUAACUAUUGUGGUAAAUCGUGUCAAAGUCUUAAUAUUUUCAGUCCGUUUUUAGAUUAUUAUUUUAUCGGCUGACGAUUUCACAUGUCACCAUUGGUAAUACAAAAUGCUUUGUUCAACAUGGUAUUUAACAGUAAUUACGGUAUACUGUUAAUAAUUGCCUCUAGUUAUGUGUAUCGAAUUAGAAGUAAUAUAUCCUCAUUGCAUAUACGUAUAUAUAAUUCUAAAAUUGUAAGAUUAAAAAUACGAUGAUACAUAUCUCAAAGUACUGUUAAGCUAUUUGUACAUAAAAAACUUAUUAUUUGUUAAAAGAAUUAUAUGAUCCACAUAUUCUACAUGUAAAAUGUUUAAACAUUUUGGUCGCUUUUUUAUAAGCUGGUCAUAAACCUGUUAUAAGAAACCUCGGAUAUAGUGGUCCCGGCAGGUUUGCUAAAAUCGAGUUUCACUGUAAACAUGGAUCUUACUUUUUGUAAAUCAAUAUAAUACUUUGUAAUACACCUUUUGAACAGUGACAUUGUUUAUUGUCGCAAUGCAUUUGACAUAGCGAGUGAAUAUCUCUUUAUCUGUGCAUUUGUUCUUUCUUUCAUAGUUUUAUAAUGUUAGAGAAUCUGUGAUCUACUUUCAUGAAAAAAAAUGUUUUUAUAAAGUUUAUUAUAAAUAUAUGCAAGAACGUUUAAUCGUAAAAAUAACUCUGGGUAAUACUUUUAUUUAUUUUAUUUUAUUUUCUUAUGUUUAAGUUAAGAUUAUGCAAAUGUCUGAAAAUAAAAUUUUGUUCUUAUC